AUGACUACGACAAGGAGAGUGACUAGAAACCAGAAGCAAGAUGAUGCAUCUAGCUGUAAGACCAUCAAGACUGAUGAUGUUGGACCAAGGUCAUCCCUCAACCAUGAUGUGCUUUUAUUAGUUAUGAUGCAACUGGGAGUCAUCGAUUUUGUUGCUUUUAGUGGCGUUUGCAAGUCAUGGAGAUCAGUAGCACUCACUAACAGGAAAACAUUUAUGGCAUCCAAACCACCAAUGUUGAUGGAUAUCUCUCCCCGUUGUAAUAAUAAGGAUAGGAAAUGCCGCCUAGAGGACUAUGAAGGAAGAGUGUACAAAACCACACUAACGCAUUCUGCUGGAAUGUACUAUAUUGGAUUAACUUGUGGUUACUUGAUCUUGUUUAGGAUGAAAACCAAUAAGGACUUCUGGCUUGUGAAUCCUAUCACUAGACAUGAACUUAAUUUCCCUCCUGCCCCUUGGAUGCCCGAUUAUGUAUCAGAUAUCAGUUGUGUCCUUGUCUUUUCACCUUCUGUCUCUAAACUGGUGUUUGUUGUGUUAGCCCAGAAUCAAAUAUGGUUUUCUAUAGCGGAUGAAGGAACAUGGAAGUAUGUCUCCACUUUCGACCUCAAAUUUUCCCAAAGUGACGUUGCUCGAAACCAAGAUUCUUAUGGAUAUUCCGGACAUCAUAUAUUGCCCGCAGCUUAUACAGGAGAGGAACUCGGUUUCUUUUUCAGCGGCGUGGGUCAUGGUGCUGCUGUUAAACCAGAGUUUUGGGCUGAGGCUUGGUCACAAUACAAGAGAUAUGAUGUUGAUAAUGGAGGUGGACAUGGUAGAGUUUUUCCUGCAAUCGAUGAGUGGUAUUUCCCAGAUGAAUGUUUGAAUGUUAAUCUCUUAGAUGAGUCAUCAUGA